AACCCGGAACCAUGUGGUUGACCACAAUGAGUCAUUUGGACCCUACAACUUUGAAGCAAGUGUCUUACUAUGCCCGAGGCCUACAUGCUCCACUCCCUACUUUAGAAAUAAUCAUAUAUAUAAUCACAAUGACAACAGCUGUGAUUUUUAUAUGUAUGGCUGUUCUUUUGGCCUCGCUUGAGAAUUAUGAAAAGUUAAAUCCCAGAGACUUUUAUCCUGGUUGGAGUCUGCUGAAUACAAAGAAGGACAUAUCAGAAAAUGAAUGGAAUUUAUGGAACAAAUGGUUUGAAAAAAUUACUCCUUUUCUUCUUGGACACAUUCUUAUUGGGAAAUUGGUUGAAUUCAAAUGCUUCAGUAUGCGGAAAUAUUUUUUUGCGUUUUAUUCUUUACUCUGUUUGACAUACUUACUUGGUUGGAAACCUUUGGCAUUGUUGGUACUACAAUGUGGUUUUUGCUAUUUGGCAUCAAUGACUGGUUCAAAGGUUUUAAUAUGGAUUAUCUCUAUAUCAUUCCUUUCAAUGCUGAAUUUUGAUAUCAGUGUUGUUUUUCUGCAAACCACUUUGUUUCCUUGGACACCAGAGCUGGAUCUUCAUUACUAUUUUCUGAUGAUUAUCAUGUCCUUAUGUAACAUUCGUUACACAAGUUUUUGCCUGGAAUAUUGUGAUUCUGUAAAAUGGAAAAAGAAACAUGUCCAUGAAGAUGGUGAAAAUCGUAGGAAUGGUUUUGAUUUCUGUGAUCUGCUUUGUUAUACCAUUUAUUUGCCUUUAUGCUUCUCGGGACCUUUGAUAAAUUAUGAUGAAUUUCAUCAACAGAUUUCCAAACCUCAGCAAAUCUGGUCUAAGCAAAGGCUAAAAAAUCAUGUUACUGAUUUCUUAAGAAUUGGCGGUUGGGCACUUUGCUUCCAUAUUAUUCUCCACUAUUUCUACUACAAUUCCUUGUCAUAUAAUUUGGCCAUCGUGGAAUCGCUUUCUCAGUGGACACUUGUUGGAAUUGGAUAUUGCCAAGGGCAGUUUUUUAUGGUGAAAUAUCUAAUUAUAUGGGGUAUUGCAUCUAGCAUUGCAAAAUUGGAUCAGUUUGAACCACCGAAAGGACCAAAAUGUAUAUCAUAUGUGUAUCUAUACUCGGAAAUGUGGAGGUAA